AUGUUAAAAAUCAAUUUUAAGGAGACUAGAUAACAAACAAGCAAUUUGAAUCAAAUACUAUAGAAAUCAAAAUUUUCAGAGUUCAGAUAAUGUCAUACUUGGCAUUCUAAAUCAUUUGAAUUACCAUCAAAUUCCUUAAUCUAAUCUAAUCAAUAACGUAGAUAAUUACCUAAACUUAAAACUAAUUUAAAUUUACCAAACACAUCAUACAUUUAAUAAUCUGCAAGAAAAUCAUCUAGAUCUGAGAAGUUUGAUAUUACUGAUGCAAUUUCAACAACAAGUCAUAUUAUUAUUGAAACACCAGUCAAAAAUUGUGUAAUUAGAAGAGUCAGUCAAUUUGAAUUUAUUGGUUCAAAAUAAAAAAGACUUAACAAUCUGACUACUUCAAUUUAAGUCUUUCAACAUUCAAAAGAUGCAGCAAUCUUAAAGAAAAAGAAAAUGAAUAGAUUAAAAAUGCAGUAUAGUAUAUUAAAUAUAUAAUUAGAAUUUACACAAAGAUCUAAUCAUAAAAAAUACUAUCGCCAUCAUAAAAGUAGAAGUUAACGAUUACCAACUAUUCUAAAAAUUACUCAUAAAAGAUCCAAAACUAAUUCUGAUUAACAAUAUGAAGGUCCAAUAAACAAAUUAGAACCAGAUCUAGAAAGAAAAAUCAAUUUGUUACUUUAAAGAAAGAGAAAUUCUCAUUUAAUUUUAAGACGUAAAACUUGUAUAUAAGAACCUAAAAAUAGUGUUUUUGUAUCAAGGGACAAAUUAUUGAAAUAUCAUGAGAUUAUGGACAAGAAAUUUGUAAUAAAUUAUAAUCUAAUUAAAUUAGGAUUAAUUUGAUUCUUCUUGUGAAUCUUCUCCUGCUGCCAUAUUAAAAGUUUAAUUUAAAAAGACAUAAUUUAUUAAAUUACAAUAAACUAAUUGUGGAAAUCACUAAUACUUAACUCCUAGAUUACAUUAUGAAUAAAAUCAUAAUAUAUUUACAAGAAAAGCAUCACAUUCUGUAAUUGCAUAAUAUGUCAAUGAAAAAAAUAAAAAGAUAAAAAAUAUAUUUCAAUCAAAAUUACCAAAUAUAAUUCAACCUAGUUUAAAUGAACUUAAUUAAUAUUUUCUUGCUUAAAAAAGAAGUCUUGAUAUUAUUAAAACUACAUAAUAGUUAAUUUAAUCUAAAUCUUCAGAUUAUUUACCAAAAUAAAUUCAAUUAAAUAAUAAAUAAACUUAAUUUAUCAAUAAAUAACUAAAAAUUAUAAAUUAAGAUUCAUAAAUAUGUAGUUCAACUAGAAUUAAAACCUUACCUAGUGACACAACAGUCUCUAGAAAUAAAAUAAAUUUAUAAUAAAAAUUGUGGCCUUAUUUUUAAUAAUUAAAAUGA